AUGGAGCAAGAUGGCAGUUUGUUUCAGGAGCUGAUCACUCAAACCUGUCGGCUGGAAGAAGGAAUUAUGUAUCUGAAUCCUAAUGGCAAACAGCGGACUCCUGUUACAAAGUGGAAGUGCAAAGCAGCGAUCCCUUCCUCUGACAGUAAAAGCAGCAUGGAGAUCUGUCCAUGUUACUUACUGACUGUAAGAGUCAUAAGAGCAAGAAAUAUCCACCAGGCAGAUGUCUUAAGCCAGACUGAUUGCUAUGUGAGCCUGUGGCUGCCAACUGCUUCACCAGACAGAUUUCAGACUAAAGCCAUUCAAAACUGCAAAGACCCAGUCUGGAAUGAAACCUUCUACUUCAGGAUCCAGAGUCAAGUCAAGAACUUGCUGGAGCUGGCGCUCUAUGACAAGGACGUGGUUACUCAAGAUGACCACCUUUUCACAGUGUACUUCGAUAUAGCCAAACUUUCCCUGGGAGAGCAAGUCUUCAUGCACUUCAAGUGCAAUUCACAGAGACAAGAGGAACUAGAGGUGGGAUUUGCAUUGGAAAAUAUUUCAGGCCCUCCUGAAACCAUCAUUACUAAUGGAGUACUAGUGUCUCGCAAAAUCUGCUGCUUGGAAGUCCGGGUGGUUGAAAAGAAGAAGAAUAAAAAGGAGAAAAAAUCUGUAUCAAAGAAAGAAUUCUCCUUUAAAGUGCAAGGCUCUUACGAAGGCACCCAAGACAUUAUGCUGGGAUCUGAUCUGGUCUUCAGCUCCUCCUCUCCUGCCAAAUUCCACUAUGCCAGAUACAAGCAUCCAACGCUUGAUGUUACCCUACCAGGGAAGAAACCAGCUCCCUCCUUUGGUAAAGGAUUUGAUUUAUAUGCCAAGGCAGAAGACUGCCCAGAUCACCUUGAUGUGCGUUUAGGAUUUGACCUCUGCGUGCAGGAGCAAGAUUUUCUAUGCAAAAGGAAGAAGUAUGUCACUCCUGCUCUGAAAAAGGUCCUGCAGCUGGAACAGGAUCUGCUGGACCAUGAGACCCCAGUGGUGGCCAUCAUGACUACGGGAGGAGGGAUGAGAUCUUUGACCGCGCUGUACGGCAGUCUGCGGGGGCUCAAGAAACUCAAUAUCUUGGACUGUGCCACAUACCUGACUGGCUUGUCUGGUACUACAUGGACCAUGUCAAACUUGUACAGAGAUGCCGAAUGGUCACAAAAGGAUCUCGACAAACAAAUCAGCGAGGCUCGAAAACAUAUGACAAAAUGCAAAGCAAAUUCCUUUUCCUUGGAGUAUAUGAAGUAUUACAAAAAGCAGCUGUGUCAACGGAGAAGAGAGGGCCGCAAAACAUCUUUUAUAGAUCUCUGGGGGCUUGUCCUGGAAUCUUUGUUGCAUGAUGGGAAAGACAACCAUAGACUCUCUGAUCAGCAACGGGCCAUUGAUCGUGGUCAGAACCCAUUGCCCAUCUAUACUGCAGUGAAUGUCAAGAACAACUAUAGCACUCUGGAUUUCAAAGAAUGGGUGGAAUUUACCCCUUAUGAGGUGGGAUUUCAAAAAUAUGGAGCUUUUGUUCGUACUGAGGAUUUUGGCAGUGAGUUCUUCAUGGGUCGGUUGAUGAAGAAGGUCCCUGAAUCCCGGAUCUGCUUCUUAGAAGGCAUGUGGGGUAGUUUAUUUUCAUUGAAUGUGUUAUAUAUCUGGAAUUCAUCCCAUUCAUCAGAAGAUUUCUGGCACAAGUGGACCCGGGAUAAAAUCAACAAUAUAGAGGAGGAACCCCUCCUGCCAGUGAAGCUGCACGAGCUGAGAACUCGUCUGUUCACCCCUCCCGGCCCCCUUGGCAGCGCUCUUCGCAGCAUCCUCACUGACCGCCUCUGCAUUGCCCAGGAUCACAACUUCCUAAAGGGUUUCCAGUUGCAUAAUGACUACCUGGAGAACAAGCACUUCUGCAGAUGGAAAGAUACUGUGUUAGACACAUUUCCCAACCAGCUGACACAAUCAGAGGAACUCCUGCCUCUAGUAGAUACAGGAUUUUUCAUCAAUACAAGCAUCAUGCCACUUUUAAAACCAGAGAGAAAGGUGGACGUCAUCCUGCAUUUAAAUUACAGUGCGGGAUCCCAGAUACUGCCUCUGGACCAGACCUGCAAGUACUGCUCAGAGCAGGGAAUCCCUUUUCCCAGGGUAGACCUGAGUGAAGAAGACAGGAAAAAACUGAAAGAGGGUUACCUCUUUGAUGGUGCUGAGACUCCAGGAGCGCCAGUACUGCUGUUUUUCCCACUAAUUAAUGAUACCUUCCAAAAAUACAAAGCACCAGGUCAGAAGCGCUCAGAGUCAGAGAUGGAAGAUGGUGAAGUUGAUCUCUAUGGCUCCUGUUCACCUUAUUCAACAUAUUCACUCCAAUACACUGAGAAGGCAUAUGACCGUCUGGUUCAACUGGGUGAAUACAACAUCCUGAACAAUGAGGACCUCAUUAUGCAAGCCUUGCACACAGCAGUGGCACAGAAAAGGCGACUGAAAGGGCAAUGCACUCAGAAAGGUACCAUGCUUGCUCUUACACUGAGGAAACAAACGGAUCCUGCUUAG